UUCAUUCUUCGGGUGAAGUUUUUAUACAACGUUGCAAUUGGAAGUGAAGAGAAAUUGUAAUAUAAUUAUUUUUAUAAUCUCUAUAUAUAUUUUUUUAAUUAAUUAUUGUACUGAAACGAUUAUAAUAAUUAGCGAGUUUUUUUGAGCUUCUUUGGCUGUAAAGAAACCAAUAAAGAAAAAAAAUCUUGGAAGAAGCAAUCAUUAUAGAAAAAAACUUUAUUAACUAUUUUAUUUACUGUUGUUGUUCUUACGUGUGUUAUUAUUGUUGCUGUAAGUUUUCUUACUAUUACCGUUGUUGUUAGUGUUGUUGCAUUGUUUGCCAAAUCGUGUAAUAAUUCAAGCAAACAAUCCAACUAACCAUCCAUCCAUCCAACAACUGCAACACCACCGUUUAUUUACACUACAUUCUUCCCGUCUUGUGCUAUCUAAAGUUAUUUUUGAACUUCCAACGCCAAAGAGACAAGCGGCUGAAAGUUUCUGUGACACAAGGGAAGAGAAGUUUACCAACAAAAACAACAACAAUAAUAAAAACUCUUCAUCAUCACUCACAGACAAAUAAACAAACAAAACAAAGCGGCAGCAAAUAAGCAAAGAAGAGCAUGCCUGCACAAUUACAAGCUACAACAAAAGCAACAAAUACAUAAUAGACAGACUAGAUAAAAAAAAGAAAAAGGGAGCAAACUAGGAACAUUAUUGGCAGCCGGUAUCUGUUAAAAAAAGAAUUGUUAUUAAAAUAUUUCUUAAUCGAAGACUUUUAUAAAAAAGAGAAUUUCCUUAAAAAAAAAGUUUCCCAACUUGUAAAAGUAAAAUAAUUAAUUGCAAAUAUAUUGUUUAUUACACAAUUGUUAAGUAAUUGAUUAUCAGUCCAUCUGUCUGUCCAUACUUUUGAUGAAAUUGUUUGUGUGUAGUUUCCUUUAACGAACAUAUGACUGACUGGCUAAGUGAGUGAGUGAGUGUCAACCAACAAAGCAAUCAACGGACCAGCCCAUACCAGACAUCGAAGAAUAUUAACGAGGUUGUUGCUACUAUUGCAGUUUAUUUCAUUUCUUAACACGUUCAUUCAACUGCUGGCUUAAAUGAAUUUGUUAACCUGGCCAAUAAAUUCACUUUAAAUCAACGUGUUGUAAAUCCCCUACACAAAAGAAAAGAAAGAAACAAUUUUGUUUUAAGUAGAAAUUGUGCAACCAAGUAUUAAAACAUAUAAGAAAUGGAUCGAAGUAUGGACUCUAUUGGCAGCUGUUCUUUAGAUGUUGAUGCCGAAUCUUCAGAUAUAUCAGACACAAGUGGAAGUUUAAAUUUUCCCACACCCAUAUCCAUCAAGGACAUCACACGAGAAUUUACCAAUAAUAUACGAGAACGCUGUUCCGUACAAACAGUUAAGAAUACAACGGCUUAUGUCGAUCCUGUAACAGGUCAAGUUUGUAUAGCAUUGACCACACCACCCACAGCAACAACAACAGUUAAUAAUAAUAUUAGUGGUAGUACAACAAAAACAACUCCUACAGCAGCAACAACAACAGCAUUACUAUCACCACAGACACCCGAAGAUAGUUACGAUAAAAAACCGAGUUAUUUAAAUUUAGCAUGUUGUGUUAACGGUUAUUCAAAUAUUACCACAUACGACUCAAAAAUACGACAAGAUAUAAACAAAUCCCGAGAAGUAUCACCGAUUCGACCAUCGUCGAGUAGUUUGCAAUAUUGCAAGAAAAGCAAUUCACUAGCUCCGCCCGUUUUAUUGGCAAUGCCAAACGUAAAUUUAACAUCGCCCCAGCAACAGCAACCUUCACAUCACCACAUGAUGGCGGGUACUACGAAUGGUGUGUAUGUGACAAGCGCUUCCCUUGGCAGUAAAUAUUCGAUUAUCGAAAACAACAAUCACAGCCAAAAUGGUCUAGAUGCACACAAUACCAGUGAUGAUAGUGGUGGCGGCGGCGCCAAAAGAAGUUUUAUACAGCAACGUGUGGAGAGAUUAUAUGGGCCUGGUGCUCUAGCUCAGGGCUUUUAUAGCCCCAAAAAGAUAAAAGACUCUUCGUCACGUUUAAAUAAAUCGGACAUAACGGAAAAUGGUGGAGGUGCCACCUCCGAAUUGGCUCGUAAAUUUCAAGAAUUAUCACCCAGUAAAGACUACAAUCAAUUUCGCAAGAAAUUGUCCAAUGGCAGACCUCCCAUACCACCAGCCAACAUGGCCGCCAAAGAUGAGCCUGUUAAAUUGGACAAUAACAAUAUAGAUUUACCUUGUCUUAGACAUUUAUCACAAGAAUUUCGUGCACAAUUGCCGGUGGUGUCGCCCAAAAGAAAUUUCACUCGUACAUCCCCUGGUAGGGAUACAAUACAGCCACAAACACACACCACAGCAAUAACAACAAAUGGCAUCAAUAACACCACCACUAACAACACUACGUCCAACACACCUCCUCACCCCACUGUUACACCAACUUCUGGCAAACUAUUUGAAGAAAAACUACAGCAACAACAACAAAAUAGCCUCCAACAAAUAAAAUCAUCAGCAAUAAGUACAUCUUCUCCCAUUACAGGCCAAGAUGAAUUGGAUCACAAGGUCGCUGUUGCAAUGAAAGAUAUUGAUAUUUCAGCUUUAGAGAAACUAGUGCCCGCAAUAGAUGAACCAAAAGUUGUGCUUCCCCUAAUCGAUCCACAUAAAUCUCAAAAUCUUUCCACUACUGAUGCUGACCCAAUCCAGUCGCCAUCAACAACAAAUGGUUCGGGAAAUGUGGCCGUUAAAGAUGCCCAUUUCUUUUUGAAACAAUUAAAAGACGAACAGAAUCGUUUGUUGAUUAUGGCCGCUGAAGUCGAGAAGUAUUUGGAUGCUUUAGCGAGUAAUCCCGAUAUUACAGAAGAUACUUUGGGACUGUUACGUUCAGCUUCUGGUAAAGCGCGUUUAUUAGUAUCACAAAAAAUGAAACAAUUUGAAGGUUUGUGUCACAAUAACUUAAACAGCUCACCAGAAGAUCAAUUUCCCACUACAGUAGAUGAUUUGCAAGGUUUCUGGGAUAUGGUGUAUUUACAGGUCGAUCAUGUUGAUUCAAUAUUUGCAGAUAUUGAAAAUCUUAAGAAAAAUGAUUGGAAGAAACCCUUGGAGGUGAAGCCGCCAGUAAGUGUUUUAAAAACACCCAGAGCUAGCAAAACCCCUAUGAGUAGUAAAACAAAACCCAGUACACCCAUGACAAAUGGUGGUGGCGCAACAGCUACACCAUCGGCUGCGGCUUUAAAACGUGAGGCUCAACGUAAAAAACUACAGGAAAUGAAACGACGCAAUCGUGAAGCUAUGGCUGCGGCCAGUACCAACUCCAGUUCAACACAGGAAGCCACACCCAUCGAAAUUGUGGGCAUGGUUAAGAACAAUAAUGAAACAACUGCAUCUAAUGCCAACGAUAUACUACAAAACAGCUAAUUUUCUUUUGCAAAUUUUCUUCGUUAAAAAACUUUAGCUAAAAAAAACACGAACGAAUUGUUAUAAAAUUUAUAAAACGAAAAUUGGAAAAUGUACUAAAUUAAUACUCUUUAAAAUUAUAAAAAUUUCUAAAACUAACUAAAAAAAGAAACUACUUAAACGACUACUACGACUAAUACUAUUACUAUUAUUAAUACUAAAAUCAACUAUUUAAAAAAUAAUCCAUAAAAUUUCUUUGUCACUUUGUCACUCUCUCACUGUGUAAUUGUGUAUUUCAAAAACUUAUUAUAAAACUACUUGCUAGUCUAACUUUUAAGUAAGUGUAUUACAAAUGUUUUAAACUUUCAAGGGAGUUACAAGAAGAAGCAAAGAAGAAAUUAUUAACAAA